AUGGUAGGCUGUCUUGGCAACUUGUACCAGAGCAUUGAAGAUCUAAACGACACAUUCAUCCAGCCAACCCUAAACAAACACACCAUUCUGAACCCAGAAACCCCAACAACCGGCAGCACCCUUUUGCUAUCCGACGAUGGAUCUACGCCAACUAGAAAGUUCUAUACGUGCCAAUACUCCCACAGGGUGGUGACUUUUGACCCACUAGCCAUGUGUCCGAAAUGUUCCUCGACCUCGAGAAUGCAGUAUGCAGUGGAGCUUGUUGCCUCGCCUGCUAAGAAUAAUGAAGCGGGUUGGAGUGGUGAAGAAGGAGGUGGGUUUCUGAAAGGGGUGGUGACUUACAUGGUUAUGGACGACUUGGAGGUCAAACCCAUGUCAACGAUCUCCAGUAUCACUCUGCUGAACAAGUUCAACAUUCAAGAAGUUGGUGCUCUGGAGGAGAUAUUCAUCGAGAUUGGGAUGGAUGAGGUGACCGACCCUUUUCGAUACCUUAAUAUUGGUUGA